AUGGCGAAUGCGGCUUGGGAGGUAGAGUGGGCGGCGGCAAUUCACGCAGAACAGCAGCGCCUCGGGAGCGAGUAUCGCCAGCUCAAGCGGAGGGAGUUUGAAGACAAAUUCAUCAUCAUGGACAACGCGAUCGUACGCCUCGCGCGUCAACCACAUCUGGGAGUCGCGUCGAGAAGCCAGGCACUGCGCGAGGUGAAGGAGACGGGUGACUGGUAUCGGUCUGCGCAAGCACACAUCAAGUCCCUAAUAUACGAAGAUUACAAGCACGAGGUUAGCGAGGAGCACCCUGAAAUGCGGCAAGUCGCGCGGGACCGAGUCAGGUGUAGAGUUCACGCCGUGCUCCUCACAGAGCUCAUCAGCCAGCGACGCGACGGCGACGACGAGGGAGCAGAUCCACAUCGAGCAGCAGAAGACCUCGGUUGGACGGACAGCCUAGUGGGACGAUUUCUCCACAUUUUCUUCCCAGCAACACGCUUGGCCAUGGUGGCCACAGCAGCUACAGCAGACCAGUCCAGCAAGCUGGAACGACAAGUUCUGGGGAACCAGUGUCCUGUUUGCUGGGGUCCCUACCAGCAGCUUACGCGCUUGGGGGCUUGCGGUCACCUGUUCUGCUUUAGCUGCAUCAUGCAAUCGCUGUGCUCGAAUAUGUCGUGCCCAGUGUGUCGGGACCAAGUACAUUUGUUAGACGUGGAGACUUUAGAUAUCGAGUGGGUCAGGGAGGACAACGGCGAUGAAGUGGAGGAUGACGAGGAGAUGAUAGAUGGAGCAUGA